AAGGUUGCGAUCCGUCGUCAUUCGCCCAAUGAUAUGAGGGUCGUAUCCGAGCUUUUCUCCGUCUCACUCGGCCCUGAUACGUUUGCGCGAAUCGGUUUGGACGAGAGGCAGGAGGUAGCCAAUCGUCUCUACAAGACGUUGACGAAAAGGAUCCUUUCGAGCACGAUAGAAAAGCUGGCACCGAGUGCCCAGCUGCGCGAAGUCGCCAACUUCGACUUCGAAUCGCAUUUCAUCGAGAAACCACGCACGGAAAGGGACCGUUGCAGAGAGCUGUCGGUGAAACAUGCGCCAGCAAUCAGGGCCGCGAUCGAGUGCUUGAGGGAGAGCCCGGCAUUCAAAGGCGUUGAUGGCAAAGACAAGGUCGUGGCGUUGUACGGGAGAGUCUUUCCGCCGGUCAAGUGGCAAGCGAUUCUCCACGCCCACGAUAAGGCUACCGCGAAAUUUCGAGAUUUUGUCCUGUACUACGUCUUAAAGAAGGAACUGAGGGCGCGACCAAGGAGAAAAUUUUCUCCGUCCCGGCUAGGAACAGCACCAACAAGGCCACGAAGACUCAAGGAAGAUCGUCUGCCCUGAAGGAUUCCAUCGGCAAUGCCUACGCGGGGGGGGACGAGUGGAAGGCAUGGGCACUGAACUUGUUUGAGGCGGCCAGAGAAGGAGCGCAAGGGGGCGUAGAUUAAUUGAACUUGGAGAAAUCGUACUUCCCCUCUUGAAGCCCAAAGUGGCCGAAACUUGUCGUGAUAGCCUGACACUGAGGUGGGAUUAUUGU